AUGCUGCAAUUUUCCAGAGAUUUUUUUGAAUCACGUGAACCUCAGAGAGUUAGCCUUCGCCAUGACAGAAAUCCUGCAAUAGUUGGUGUGUAUCGCUGUGAUGUUUCAACAAUUAGCAUCCAUGACAACAUCGACACUUCGGUCAGAGAUGUUUUGUAUGUGGGUCUGUACACCCCUGAUCAAGGAACAAAAUUUCACUGUUGGGAGGUAUGGCACUUGAUCUUGGCCUACUAUUUACGCUCGCCUGUAUCUCCACUGGUGGACCUGCUACAACUGUUACCUGGACCAGAGACUCACAGAAGGAACUGAGACUGUGUUGAAUGACCC